UGCGCCUACUCUCCGCUGCCGUUUCCCCGCCCCUUCGGCUCACCCCGCCCAAAACCCUACUGGAAUGAUCCCGUCCCCGAUGGAGCUCCUCCGCUCUCACCUCUCCAAGGUCCGAAUCCCCGAGCCCACCAACCGCAUCUACAAGCAGGAGUGCUGCAUCUCCUUCGACACCCCGAGGUCGGAAGGGGGGCUGUAUGUGGAUUUGUGCUCGUUUCUUGCGUUUGGGAAGGAGUACGUCGGCUGGAACUACGAGAAGACGGGGAACCCGGUUUACCUCCACAUCCAGCAGAGGAGGAAGCCCGUCCGUGAGGACCGGCCCCUCAAGAAACCCACCCUUCUCGCCAUCGGUAUGGAGGGAGGUUUUGAUAAUCAAGAACCAGAAUAUGAAGAAACUUAUGAUAUUGUCAUAUUACCUGAUUACGUUACUCUCCCAUUUCCAUCUGUUGAGCUGCCAGAAAAGGUUAGGCUGGCUGUCGAUUCCAUUUUAAUUGCUGAAGGUGCUGAACGCAAAGGGCAAUUAGCAUCUUGGACUGCUGAGAAAAAGAAAGUCAGUGCCUAUGCCAUGAACCUGCAACAGAUGAACAAUGGUGUUGUUGUUCCUCCAUCUGGGUGGAAAUGUAGCAAAUGCGACAAGACUGAUAACCUCUGGCUGAACUUAACUGAUGGAAUGAUCCUCUGUGGAAGGAGAAACUGGGAUGGCAGUGGCGGCAAUAAUCAUGCUAUGGAGCACUACAAAGAGACAAACUAUCCUCUUGCUGUAAAACUUGGAACUAUAAAUGCUGAUUUGGAUGGAGCAGAUGUUUUCUCUUACCCGGAGGAUGAUAGUGUUGAGGAUCCUUUAUUGGCUCAACACUUGGCAUUUUUUGGCAUCAACUUUUCGUCACUGCAAAAGACUGAAAUGACAACUGCUGAAAGAGAAUUGGACCAGAACAUAAAUUUUGACUGGAAUCGGAUACAGGAAAGUGGGCAGGAAGUGGAACCCUUGUUUGGACCAGGCUAUACCGGGCUUGUCAAUCUUGGGAAUAGCUGCUAUAUGGCAUCAACCAUGCAAGUGGUUUUCUCAACUCGUUCUUUCAUUUCACGAUACUAUGAGAAACAGAGUUUGAAAAUGGCAUAUGAGAUGUCUCCUGCUGAUCCAACACUAGACUUGAAUACACAGUUGACUAAACUGGCGUAUGGUUUGCUGUCUGGUAAAUACUCUUUUCCGGCUCAAGAGAUGGAUGAAGUGGGAGAUUGUAAAACCACAACCUCAAGUGCUAAGCAAGAAGGGAUUCCUCCUCGUAUGUUUAAAACUGUUAUUGCUGCUAAUCAUCCUGAGUUUUCAAGUAUGAGGCAACAGGAUGCCUUGGAGUUUUUCCAACAUUUGCUUGACCAAGUUGAGCGGGGCAAUGCUGAAAAACCUGGAUUUGACCCCUCGAGGAGUUUUAAGUUUAUUGUUGAGGAGCGGCUGCAGUGUCCAUCUGGAAAAGUUGCUUAUAAUAAAAGAACUGACAACAUUCUUUCUCUGAAUAUACCAUUACAUGAUGCUACAAAUAAAGAUCAGCUAGAAGCAUUUCACAAGAUGAAACCCGAAAAGAACUUGGAAGGGAAGGAAAUGUUUGGUUUUAUCAGAGCUAAUGAUGAAAUUGUACGACCAAGAGUGCCCUUGGAGGCAUGCCUAGCAAGUUUUUCAGCUCCUGAGGAGGUGCAUGGCUUUUAUAGCACUGCAUUAAAUGCUAAGACAACAGCAAUCAAGACUGCUGGUUUGGUUACAUUCCCUGAUUACCUGGUACUGCAUAUGCGUAAAUUUGUGAUGGGGGAAGGCUGGGUACCAAAGAAACUUGAUGUAUACAUUGACGUACCCGAUAUAAUUGAUAUCACACACAUGCGCAGCAGAGGUCUGCAACCAGGAGAAGAAUUACUACCAGAAACAGUUUCCAGUGGUGAGAAGAUGGAACCUACAAAUGUUGCUGCAAGUGAAGAUAUUGUUUCAAAACUUUCAGGCAUGGGCUUCAAUUAUCUCCAUUGUCAGAAAGCUGCCAUUAACACCUCAAAUGCUGGAGUUGAAGAAGCAAUGAAUUGGUUGCUAUCUCACAUGAAUGAUCCAGAUAUAGAUGAUCCAAUUUCUCAUGAUUCAAAAACUGUGGAGCUUAUGUCUAUUGAUGAAACAAGUGUUGAAACUUUGAUAUCAUUUGGAUUUCAAGAAGAGGUUGCUCGAAAAGCAUUGAAGACCUCUGGCGGGAGCAUUGAGAAAGCCACGGAUUGGAUAUUUAGCCACCCGGAAGUUUCCAGCUCAGUUGAUACAGAUGCUACAUCAAGCAGCACGCAGGCUGGUGAUCCAGGAGUACCAGAUGGAAGUGGCAGAUACAAGCUUAUGGCCCUGGUUAGCCACAUGGGUACCUCCACUCAAUGUGGGCACUAUGUGGCCCACGUGUAUAAAGAUGGAAGAUGGGUAAUCUUCAAUGACAGCAAGGUUGGUGCAUCGGUCAACCCACCAAAGGACAUGGGGUACCUCUAUUUCUUUGAGAGGAUAGACAGCUAAACUGAACAAAAUUGACUGCUGGAAAUCUUUAAGCAGCUAAACUCUUAGCAACGGUAGAGGAGAUGAAAUUCACUUAAAAUGACAGGUGAUGUUAGGUAAAAUCUCCUCCCUGUGCUAUCAUUUCCCAGCGAACAAGUCCCGAUGCAUCAUUCUCCUUCGGAGUAAUAAAACCUUCUGUCAUCAAAACUUUGCUUAAUUGGUUGACAUCUUUUUUGCUGAUAUAUUCAAUCUGGUUUUAAGCAGUUGGUGAUUAAUAGUUAAUCAGACUACGGAAUUCAUAGAAGUUAGCAGGACUUGUUGCUUGUAGUCAUGGUUACAUUUGCAAUUAUACUGUGAACAGAUGUUACCUGCCUCUAUAGAUCCUGUCCUAUGCUAACCCAGCUGAGGAAAAAGAACCAUUGCAUUGGUUGAAUGAAAAGGAAGACUAGUAACACUGAUCACUGACUUCAUUUUCUUGAAGGAUUUAUUGGAUCACUAUGUCUAUGCAUUUCUAGCAAUGUGGAAUUUUGGCUUUGUGAAAUGACAUUAUGCUUGUAUUAAGUUCUAAAAUGACUGAUCACAAUGUUAUUAUGAGUUUCUCACUAUGAUAUUUGGAUGUU